CACAAAUGGUCGCCUCACAGCCACAUCCGUCGUUCAUGUUAGGAUGUGCAUGGUAGGAUGCGCCUGUGAGGCGCUAGGAGUGAAAAGCAGAUCCGGUCUAUGAAUGAAUGACAACAGCCAAGCAUAAAGGUUGUCGUCGCACUCCAAAUUGUGUGAUUUGUCUAUCUGUGGAAGAUCAACAGCUGCACUUCGUUUUCAGGUUUGUGGAAGAUAAAAAGGUAUAAGCAGCUGCGACCACAACGGAUUGCAAAACAAAGAAGAGCGAGAAGCGAUGGAGAAAACGGAGGUCGUGUUCGUUCCGAUAUAUGGAGUUGGUCACCUGUUCUCGUCGGUUGAGCUUGCAAAGCGACUUAUCCAUCGAGAUGAUCGCCUCUCCAUCACCGUCCUGUGUAUGAGGCCACCGUCUUUUUACGGUGUUGACCCUUAUGUUGAAUCCCUUGCUGCCUCCAACCCUAGCAUCCGUUUCAUUGGUCUGCCUCAGGUCGAUCCCCCGUCGCCGGAAGUUUAUAAUGGUCCAGAAGGGUUCAUAUCUCUCUUCGUUGAAAGUUACAAACCACACGUUAGGCACGCUCUCACCCAACUUAUGUCGCCCGGUUCUGGUGCUCACACGGUUCGAGUCGCUGGGAUGGUGAUUGAUCUCUUCUGCACCUCCAUGAUCGAUGUAGCCAAUGAGUUCGGAAUCCCUUCGUACUUGUUCUUCACUUCUGGCGCAGGGCUGCUCGGUCUUAUGCUCCACCUUCCAACACUCGAUACUCAGAUUCCCACUGGCACCGAGUUAAAGGACGCGGAGACUGAGCUAAAAUUCCCAAACUUUGUCAACCCAGUUCCUCCGUUCUCCUUGCCUAAGCCCUUGUGGAACAGGAAGGAACAUGGCUAUACAUGGUUCGUCUAUCACGGUCGCAGGUUCAAGGAGGUGAAGGGCAUCAUAAUUAACACAUUUGCAGAGUUUGAAUCCCAUGCCGUUAACUCGCUGUCUGAUGGUCAAACACCAGCGAUUUACCCGGUUGGGCCGUUGGUUCAACUCGAGGGUCUGUCGCACUCGUUGUCCGACCACACCCGCACCCAAUACAGCGAGAUCAUGAAAUGGCUCGACGACCAGCCUCCGUCGUCGGUGGUGCUCCUGUGCUUUGGCAGCAUGGGCGGCUUUGAUGAAGCCCAGGUAAAAGAGAUAGCCAUUGGCCUUGAGCGAAGUGGUUACCGGUUCUUGUGGUCUCUACGUCAAGCCAGGGUGGGGAUGCCCAUGCCUAAUGCUUAUCCAAAUCCGAAGGAAGUUUUGCCUGAUGGUUUCUUGGAAAGAACGGAGGGAAGGGGAUUCAUCUGUGGGUGGGUCCCGCAGGUGAAGGUCCUGGCCCACCCAGCCAUCGGAGGGUUUGUAUCUCACUGUGGAUGGAACUCGACACUGGAGAGUCUGUGGUAUGGUGUACCGCUGGCGACAUGGCCCCUCUAUGCGGAGCAACAUUUAAACGCGUUUCAGUUGGUAAAGGAAUUGGGGUUGGCGGUGGAGUUAAGGUUGGAGUACCGGAACGGUGUGGAUCUGGCGAGUGCAGAGGAGGUGGAGAGAGGUAUGAGGUCUCUGAUGGCCGCUGAUAGUGAAGUGAGGACAAGGGUUAGGGAGAUGGGGGAGAAGAGUAGAGCGGUUUUGGUGGAAGGUGGAUCUUCAUUUGUUUCAUUAGGACGCCUGAUUGAGGAUCUGAUGCAUAAUAACUGAUGCGAGGAGAGUGGAGAAAUCUCUGAAAUAGCGCGGUCGUUAGUAUCAUUCUAUGCAAGUCAUUGGCAUGGUCCAGAGGAAGCCUGUCCGUGGUGAUAUGACAUAUUGUCAGCGUUGUCCGAUAAAAUAGCAUGUUGGAAUGGUGUGGGGAUUCAAGGUCUAUUACCUGAUAUUGCUUUUGCAGUCAACUAGCAACAUUGUUCAGUUUGUUUAAUAGAUUACAGAUUAACGUUAUCAUGUUUAUUAGAUAACUCAAAAUAAAAACAUUAUCAGGUCUAUUACCUGACAGAGCAUUUUUUGUCACCCUCAUUUUGGCUAGUCAAGUUAUUUUCCAAGAGUGUAUUAUUU